UUGUUGUUGUUGGGCAACGUAGAGGGUGACUUUCAGUUCCUCCUCUGCUUCUUUCUUCAUUUAGGAAGACGUUGGUUUGCCUUUUUGAUUCUCUGUCUCUUGUCACUAGCAGUCAGUGUGCUGUUGAGUGAUUCCUUCUUGGCUGUGCCUAUUUCCAACCUCCCUCCAUCACAAACAGGAAGCGCCGGGCAAUGGCGAAUAUACUUGUCUCCUCGUACAAGCAGUUGGGUUCCGACUACCAAUGGACCUCGAUCAAGAAGAAUCCUGGUAGUGAUCCGGCAAACCGAGUUGCCCCCAUUCGUCCGAAGGCAUUCUCAUCGCCUCACAUCGUCGGGUCCGAGUCGGCAUUUACUGGAUGUACCCAGGAUGCGAGUACACAUCGAGGUCAAGCGUGUAGAAAGCCGAAGAAGCCGAAAAAUGAUGUUGCGCGGCGAGGCGAGUUGAUGUUAUCAGCCCUGAAUGAACAACGGCUGGCUCAGAAACUUUCUACCCUGACACACCCUCCCCUCAGGCCAAAUCUUUCGGCCUUCUCCUUUGCUUCGGCUUUCCAAUCCGCCGUGUCAGCGACAGUCACAUCCAGCGAGUGCGUGGAAGGCGAAGAGGCGUCUCUGAGCGCCAGUUCCCUCGACAAGACGGGCAAUGAAGUCGAUCUAAAUGUGAUGCUUGGAUCUUCUUCCUCAGCAGCUUCGGAACCCAGAACCCUGAACAACAGCUCCCCGGAACCCGUUGACGAGAGUUCUCUUCUUAUCAAACAGAUCAAACAGGAGCUUUUUGACUACGAAGUUCUAGAUGUUGGUGAAGUUCAUCCAGCCGUCCUGCCCAUUCCUGAACUUGUCGAGAGUCAACUGCAGCCGCAGCAAUCACCACCACACCACCAGCAGCAGCAGCAGCAGCAACUGCAGCAUUGCGAGGAGGCCGAAUCCAUCAUAUCCCGUUGCCCUGAAACAAGCUUAGGACAGUGGCUCAAUAGGGAUGUGUAUGGUGACAAUAGCCCUCACCAUGGCAACAGCAGUAAGAAACAUGGCGGAAACCCAAGAUACCGAUGGCGAGCAGCCAAAUCACCAACGCAGAAGAAGGUCGACCACGCCAAUCGUGAACGCGCGCGUGUUCGCGAGCGGCGAAAGCUGCUGACUGAGCUGUCUACACUGGUGCCAGAGCUGAAGCGCAUCAGUCAAAGCUCAAUUCCCGGCGAGAGAAAACACGGUCUGUCGACUGUUGAAGUUCUCCGUGCCACGUGUAGCUACAUCCGCCGGAUGCACACAGCUGAUAGACCGGCGUCGCAGAAGGUUGUUCUAGACAUCUCAAGGAAGCAAAAGAUGGUAGAUCUGAGCAGAGGCAUUACGAAGUGUACAAAGCAGCAAGCACUUGCUAGUCCGGCAGACUCUGCCCAGGCGAGUCCACAAGCUGGCACUACUGGCAUUGUUGAUGACGCCACCGCAGACAGCAGUUCCUUGAGCAGUGCACUACUGGACGAGAGCAGCUCGGACAUGCUCGGUCUACUAACUGCACAGCCAUCUCCCGAAGAGGACAUAGACUCACCACUACAAGUCACAAUGCAUCAUGCGGAUAUGCUGGACGGCGACAGCAAUGCCAGUGCUGCGGAGGACUGGCUGAAUGAGUUCCGUGAAUGGACCCGUGACAUCUCCACUGCCGAGAUGCCCACCGACCUCAUAGACCACGGGCAGUGCGACUUUGAGCCCCUGUUUCGCGACGAAGUGCCUUGCCCCGGACCGGCAAUCAGCGUUCCGUUUGUGGGUGGACAGCUAACGCCGGACAUGCCUGUGGUUGCUGACCAGUGCAGCAUUAUCGGAGACACCCAGUCCAGACUGGGCUCUGCUAGUCCUACUGCCAGCGAUCUGCUACCGGCAUGCUCCAAGCCACCGCUGGGAUUCAGCUUUGAUCAGACCAGCUGGUAUGGGAUAAGCCAAGGUGAUGAUGUUCCCCAGCUGAUGCAGCUCGCCGAUCUCGAGGAAACAGUACACUGUGAGUGCCCAGAGGAGUUCCACCCAGACCUAGAUCUAUGAUAAUAGACUGUUUUCAUACAAUAGGGUUGAUGGCAAUGAUAUGGUUGAGCCGAUUUGUUCACCAUGCAUAGGAGAGUAUUUCUGAUCACUCGGCUAUGCAAGAUUAUUUGGCAGUAGGAGGGCACUCUUGUUUUUUAGGCCCUGGAACUAUGCACCUUCGUUAUUGGCUUGAAACCAGCAUGUUUGCACAUACACGCAUACACACACACAUACACACACGCAUACACACACGCAUACACACACACACGCAUACAUACACACACACACACACACGCAAGCGUGUGAUGUAUUAUGGAGGGUAUGUGACUUGUAUGUAUGCACCAUAGGCCAUUGAUAAUCUUUUAGCGAAAUGCUGUCUUUUUUCUUCCCUUUUCCAUGCCAAGCUAUGGCCAGGCAAAUUUUUGUUUCAUCCACCCUUCUCGCCGUACACACAAAGUAGAUGGUUUAUCCGAUUAUUUCUGUUGAGAUUGGAAACCUUAGAUUUUGACUCGUGCUGUGUUCAAACAAACCAUCAGCUUUGCUUAUGCACACCAAAGAGAGAUUUUAAAAAAUUUCACGGUUCGCGUGAGACUCGGCUGGAAGCCGAGUUUUCCGCAUCCGCCGCAAAGAGAGAUUGCAAGAGAACAUUCUUUUCUAACCAUUGUUGAGGCUUCUCCAGGCCCCGUCUUUCUCUCCUGACAGUUUUUUUUUGAUCAAUCGUUAGUCCGCUAGCUUUCAAUAUGCCCAUCCCUUUUUUCAGUGAUGAAUUUACAUUUACACACAGCAAACUUUACUUCAGUUUUAGCCUGGCAAACGUUUCUUUAUCUUCUUCAUUUUUAACGAUACAUUCUCUUAUGUGUAACUGCUGUGAGUGUGUGUGUGUGUGUGUGUGUGUGUGUGUGUGUGUGUGUGUGUGUGUGUGUGUGUGUGUGUGUGUGUGUGUGUGCAGAGUGAUCCAUGAGCAUGUGGUGUUUUCGAGUGCAAUUUCAAAUAACUUAUUCCUGCAAAUAUUUGCAGUUUGAGACUACUGAUAUACAGCGACAUGCAUAUCCAGCA